AUGAGCAAGAAGGUCACCAGAGAAAGCAAACUAAGCAGAUACCUAAAGGCGCCCAUCAGGAUCCUGAUGAAGGCCGGGGAUUUAUACAUAACAAGCAUGACAGAAUACUCCGAAAGGAUUGGAUUCGGCACCGUCAUGGGCUGCCCCACGGACCAAGUUAAUGGCUUGUCGAGGACCUAUAGCAUCGCCUCGACAAAAUCGAGAAACGGCGACGACGACUUGAGGGAACUUAUUCGAGCUGCCUCCUCGAGGAGUUUACGCGACAAGGCUCCGAUGGACCUUCUUGGAAAACAACCGGGAAGGCGGUCUCCGACGACCGGAGCAAAUCGUAUGGCUAGAAAUCACGGUGUUGGGUUUGGGAGGAUUGAUGAAGAUAAGCCUUGUGACUUCGACGAUAUUGAAGAUCGUAUCAAUGUUAAGACUGACGUUUUCCCAAGGAGCAGGAGUUAUGCUGUUACAAAGAAAAAACCAAUUUUCUUCUAA